UCAAGUUUCGAAGCACAUGACAGUCAAGCGGAUGUUUUGAACCAUUGAUUGUACGACCAGCUGAUGAUCAGGGUCAACAGAAUGAUGUCUCUUGUCUAUGCAGUUCUCGCUGCGCUUUUAUUUACCAAUUGCCAUGCCGCCAGCAAACCGAAUUUCGUCAUUAUGUUGAUGGACGAUAUGGGAUGGGGAGACCUCGGGGUGUAUGGUCACCCAGCGAAGGAGACCCCCAACCUAGACAUGAUGGCCGCCAAUGGCAUGCUGCUGCCAGACUUCUACUCGGCCAACCCACUGUGCUCACCCUCUCGAGCAGCCCUGCUGUCUGGCCGGCUUCCAAUCAGGAAUGGUUUCUACUCAAACAAUGCCCAUGCUAGAAACGCGUACACCCCCCAGGACAUCGUGGGUGGAAUACCAGAUGAAGAGAUCCUCUUCCCAGAACUCCUACAGAAGGCGGAGCGGAACAAGAUCAUCGGGAAAUGGCAUCUGGGUCAGCAGCCACACUACCACCCCUUGAAGCACGGAUUCAAUGAGUGGUUUGGUGCCCCGAACUGCCACUUCGGUCCCUUUAAUGACAAGCAGCCUAACAUUCCAGUCUACAAGGAUGCAGAUAUGGUUGGGAGAUACUACGAAGAAUUCAUGAUUGAGCCGUCCGGAGAGUCGAACCUCACACAGCUAUAUAUCGGUGAGGCAAUAGAGUUCAUAGAGAAGCAGGCAGCUGCGGACCAGCCCUUCCUGCUCUACUGGGCUGUGGACGCUACCCACCAACCUCUGUAUGCCUCGCGGAAGUUCCUGGGUACCAGUGAGAGGGGCCUGUAUGGGGAUGCUGUGAGGGAGCUGGACUACGGUGUUGGGGUCAUUCUGAACAAACUGAAGGAGCUGAACAUCGACACCAACACGCUGGCUGUCUUCUCCUCAGACAAUGGUGGCGCCACAUAUGCAAAGACACAGGGUGGCAGUAAUGGCCCCUUCCUGUGUGGUAAGCAGACGACAUUUGAGGGUGGCAUGAGAGAACCCACCAUUGCCUGGUGGCCAGGGAGAAUCAAACCUGGAAAGGUGUCCCAUCAGCUGGGGUCCCUCAUGGACCUGUUCACCACCCUGGUGGAGCUGGCUGGCCUGACCCCGCCCUCCGACCGUAUCAUCGACGGCAUCAGUCUCACACAGACCCUGUUUACUAACAAGCCAGUCAAUAGGACCAUCUUCUAUUACCGUGGCGACGAGUUGAUGGCCGUCAGGGUGGGACAGUACAAGGCACACAGGUGGACGUGGACCAACAACAUAGAUGAGUUCAAUUCAGGCACAGACUUCUGUCCUGGUGAGGUGAUAACCAAUGUGACCACUCACGAUCAGACCAACCACUCCAGUCAACCGCUUCUUUUUCAUCUAGGGAAAGAUCCUGGCGAGAAAUACUUGAUCAAAUCCGACUCUGCUGAGUACAAGUCUGUGAUGCCGAGCAUCAUGCAAGUCAUCAAUGAGCACCAAGCAGCUCUCGUGCCGGGGAAACCACAGCUCAACUGGUGCGACAAUGCUGUCAUGAACUGGUCCCCCCCUGGAUGCGAGAAGCUGAACAAGUGCAUCACCCCUCCUCCUUCUAAACCCAAACUGUGUACAUGGCCCCACUGAUUUUAUGCUGUCUGGUCAAGAAACACUGAUGACAUGGAACCCUGUACAUAGUUGAUACAAGCAGGAUUUGCCUGCUAUUUACACAUCCUAGAACAUUACUUACAGAGAAUGGAGUGACAAGACUUUUAGGGAUAGAACUUGUAAUAUUCUUGGUACAGAUCUUGGGAGUUUGGUUCAGACAAGAUAGGUAGUCAGUCUGCACAUCAGCAAUAUUUUUCUCAGAAACAAUGAGUCAAACAGUAUUUUUAUGUGUUAUUUAUUCAAAAUGUGAAUUACAAUUCUUACAAAUACUCUACCUCUUGUAUGUCAUUGCCAUUAAUUCUGUAUUUUGGCUGCAAUCGCUGUUUUUGGUACUAAACAGAUAUGGGGCAGUGGGGUAGCCUAGUGGUUAAGGCGUUCGCCCCUCACACUGAAGAUCCGGGUUUGAUUCCCCACAUGGGUACAAUGUGUGAAGUACCAUUUCUGGUGUCCCCCGCCAUGAUAUUGCUGGAAUAUUGCUAAAAGUGGCAUAAAACUAAACUCACUCACUCACUCACUAAACAGAUACUCUUUUUCAGAAAAAAACCUGUCCUGUGAAUUUCUUCUUUACAUUGUACAAAAUACUAUCAGUGUUAAGUGUGCUUUGACAAUCAUGAAAAAUACACUCAUGUGAUGUAAGAGUCAUAAGCUUGCCAUUUUGUUUUCCUGAUUCUCAAAUAUGAAAGUCAGAGUUUGUUAAAUCAUGUCAAAUGAUCUAUCUGUAGAUAUGAUCUGUCCUCUCAUAAAGGCUGAUAGUUUGCAACACCUUUCAUAGUUCAUAGUGCCAUGUUUGAGUAUAAUUCAGUAUAUCAUGGUUGAGACUACAAUUAAUCUACAGCUCUCAAUAGAAAUCAGUGUGAUUAUCUCUUAUCUCACUCACUCACCAUGUAUGGAAGAGGUCACACGUGCCUAUGUGCCUUCGUUAAAUCCUGUUCAACCUGUGGAUAUUUUUAAUGUUUAGCUUUAACUUUAAUCAUUUUAUACAAUCCAUGCACCCAAUUGUUUAACAUAUGUUUGACUUAAUACAUGAUAAUCCACGAAA